AAAGAAAACCCAUCUGAAACAAAGAAAAAGCAAGCUGAAUACAGUGGCAUCUGAUUUACCUGAUUGUUAGAGAAGAAAAAGGCCGAGCAGCGAAGAAGAAGAAGAAGAAGAGCAACAAUGAAUACUGACAUUACGGCGUCGACGAAGCCGGAGUACCCGGUGAUAGAUCGGAAUCCUCCUUUCACCAAGACGGUGGCCAAUUUCAACACCCUCGAUUACCUCCGUUUCUCCACCAUCACCGGCGUCUCCGUCGUCGUCGGAUAUCUCUCCGGGAUUAAGCCCGGGAUUAAGGGACCGUCGAUGGUGACGGGUGGUUUGAUCGGAGUGCUGGGAGGUUUCAUGUACGCUUACCAGAAUUCAGCUGGAAGGCUCAUGGGUUUCUUCCCCAAUGAAGCCGAGGUUGCCAAGUACAAGAAGUAAUUUUACUUUCUAGGGUUUCUCUCUCUCUUUUUUUUCCCCCAUUUCCCAGUUAGUGAUGCUAUUUUCCUCUGUGUUUGUGAUAAAAUUCCUGCUAAGAGAGAAAAUUCAGGGGUUGCUGAUUGUUUUGGUUUUUGUGUUUGUGAAAGAAAUCGACCAAUUUAUAUAUGCAAUUUCCCCCCAAUAAUGAAGAGAGGAAUUUUUCUUGUAUCAAGAUUGCUGCUUGUCUGAAUACUUAUUUCUGAAUUAAUUUUCAAAUUUGUCUUGCUGCUGG